UGUUGGCCCCGCGUGCCCGGAAGGGGCGGGGCGGCGGUGGCUGGUGGUGGACGGGCCGGUGCGCGGUUUCUCCUCAGCGGCGGCGUCCGCUCCCGCCUCGGCCCCCAGUGCGGUCCCGCGGCGCUGCCGCCGACAUGUCGCCUGCUAUUGCGGCCAAGGAGGGCGGCCGGCAACGCCGGGCCGGGAGCCACCACCACUACCUGGACGUGAGGAGUGAGGCGCCGCCUGGCCUGGUGCUCUGUGGGGAUGGACUGCCGGGUGGCGAGGCUGAGGCGCUGCUGUUGCCUCCGCCGCCGCCGCCGCCGGAGGCAAGCUCCCGGGGGGCGCGGGGGUGCCGGGCGGAGCUGGGCAGUAUCCUGCUGCUGUUGGUGCUGUACGUGCUGCAGGGUAUCCCGCUGGGACUGGCGGGCAGCGUCCCCCUCAUCCUGCAGAGCAAGAGCGCCAGCUACACCGACCAGGCCUUCUUCAGCUUCGUCUUCUGGCCCUUCAGCCUCAAGCUGCUCUGGGCCCCUUUGGUGGACGCCGUCUACCUGCGGAGCUUCGGCCGCCGCAAGUCGUGGCUGGUGCCCACGCAGUACAUCCUGGGGCUCUUCAUGAUCUACAUGUCCACCCAGGUGGACCUGCUGCUGGGCGACGGGGAGGGCCGGGGCCCCAACGUGGUGGCCCUCACUGGGACUUUCUUCUUCUUCGAGUUCCUGGCAGCGACUCAGGACAUUGCAGUGGACGGUUGGGCCCUGACCAUGUUGUCCAGGGAGAAUGUGGGCUACGCCUCCACCUGCAACUCCGUGGGCCAGACGGCUGGCUACUUCCUGGGCAACGUCCUCUUCCUGGCCCUGGAGUCGGCCUCCUUCUGCAACAAGUACCUGCGGUUCCAGCCCCAGCCCCAGGGGAUUGUUACCCUCUCAGAUUUCCUGUUUUUCUGGGGAACUGUCUUUUUAAUUACCACUACACUGGUUGCCCUUUUGAAAAAGGAAAACAAGGAACUAACACCAACAAAAGAAGAAACAAAAGGCAUCACUGAUACAUACAGGCUGCUAUUCUCAAUAAUCAAGAUGCCAGCAGUUCUUACUUUCUGUCUCUUGAUUCUCACAGCAAAAGUUGGAUUUUCAGCGGCAGAUGCUGUAACAGGACUCAAAUUAGUGGAAGAGGGAGUCCCGAAAGAGCACUUAGCUCUGCUAGCGGUUCCAAUGGUUCCUUUACAGAUAAUAUUGCCUCUGAUUAUCAGCAAAUACACAGCAGGCCCCCAGCCGCUGAACACAUUUUACAAAGCUAUGCCUUUCAGAUUACUGCUUGGUCUGGAAUUUGCUUUUUUGGUAUGGUGGACUCCUAAAGUAAAACAUGAAGGAGGAUUUCCUGUUUACUACUAUGUUGUAGUAUUGUUGAGUUAUGCUUUACAUCAGAUUACGCUGUAUAGCAUGUAUGUUGCAGUAAUGGCUUUCAACGCCAAAGUCAGCGAUCCACUGAUUGGAGGAACCUACAUGACACUCCUAAAUACUGUGUCGAAUCUGGGAGGGAACUGGCCUUCCACUGUUGCACUCUGGCUUGUGGACCCACUUACGGUGAAAGAGUGUGCAGGGGCCCAGGAACAGACCUGCGGAACUACAGUUGCUGCAGAACUCUGCACAAAAGCUGGUGGUUCCUGUGUUACUACCUUGGACGGUUACUACGUGGAAUCUGUCAUCUGUGUCAUUCUGGGGUUUGGUUGGUGGUUCCUACUUGGGCCAAAAUUUAAAAGGCUGCAGGAUGAAGGACAGUCUUCGUGGAAGUGCAAGAGGACCAACUGAUGCAGUUUAAAUAUUGGAUGGACUAGCAAGGUCAUUUUAGUUUUAUUACAAAGACAUAUCCCAUAAUUAAUAAACAGGAAUAUAGGUAUUUUUAAAUGCCACAUCACUGAAAAAAGGGGUGGCUGAGACCGUGGUAUGUUUGUAUGUGAUACCACUUGCCCUCCCAAUGUUAAAAUGUAAGUUCAGAAAGUAACUGUUAAAAAAAUGGCACCUAUGUACUACAUACAUAUCCCUGAGCUCUAGCUUCAGAGUCACGGCCGCUGGUAUAACCAGCGUUUGAAUUUCCAUAUAGUAACUAUGGAAAAGCUAAUGUGCCAUGUCUGUCUAAACAGCAGCAUUGUCAGCUAAGUUCCAGCUCUUUAUUUUCAAACAGAAAUGAUCUGACACAGGGAGUUGACCCGGGGAAGGAUGUCAAAGGCAUUUUGACUUGUAGGUUAAGCGUGUUCUACUAUGGAAUUCCUUGUGGGAAGAUAAAUGUAAAAUGUCUGUGGGCUUUGUUUCUUCUCACUUUCUGAACUGUAACCACAUCUCAAAGGAUGGAACAUUUCAGAGAUUCUUUUAAAUGUAUUUUCUGGCUUUUAUAAGCUUUAAAGAUUUAUAAGAAAAUAUUUUUAUAAACAAAUUACAUUUGUUUAAUUUAUUUCUGCUGUUUCAAAGCAUUUUGAUUUACGUUCAAGGUACUUUCUUGACAAAAAAAUUGUUGUAAGGUAGGACUUAAGAGUAACGCACAAUACUCUAGGCCUUGAGUCCUGAAGAUAUAAAUUGGACAGAGCAGCAGUUAGCACACAAAGGCAGGCUCCCAAGGCCGGGGGCACGCAGGCCUUUGGAAGGCAAUUGUUAUUUUGAGGGAAUGAAUUGAUAGUGUUGUUUCCUCUAUGUCACUGAAAUGUCUGAACAUUCAGAGUCAAUAUCAGUGGAAAAAACCAUGAUUAUUCCCAGCUAGGGGUAAGAAAAGAUGAUCAGUGCCUUUGGAAGUGAUUUGGUGAUGACAAACUUGCCAAAUUCCCAGUGAGUUGGUGUACAACUUGCUGUCACAUUUAUCAAACAAGCUAAAUCCUGUGGUAGAGCUGCUACAGAAACUUAUUCCUGAUGCUGUGUAGUGGAAACAUUCCCGUUGCAUUUGUCAAAAAUGAAUUCCUUCCUGAGUGCCUUAGUGGUGUACAGCAAGCAUACUGUACGCCAAGAGAGAGGGCACCUGGAUAAUGUUGGAUGUAUAUGGUACAUCGUUAUUAAAAAAAAAAAACUAUUAAAAAUACCUUUGAAAGGUACAUGAUUUUCUUUUCCAUUCUGUGUUUUUUGCCUUGUCAAUAUUAGAAGUAUUGCCUCCUGAGCUUUGUGUUCCAGACUCCCAAAACGGGUUGUGGAUCUUUUGUUGCUGUAUGUUUUAAGAAAAAAGUAAAUCAAUACCAACUUUUGACUGACUGGAAGGGACAUGGGUGUGUACAAAGUGUCUACAUGACAUGAGGAGUAAGAAGGUGUCCAGAAGAGGACAGUGUGACCAAGUGCUUCCUCUGUCUCUUCCCCUCUCCCUUCUCAGGGGGAUGCCCUUGGCAGUCAGUGGAAAGCCAAAUCCUGAGCUGUAGAUUUCCUCCAGCUGUGAGCUGUGGUCCAGCCACACCACGUUCUUGCCGUUUGUUUCAAGUACAGCAAAAUCAAUCAAGCUAAAUAAAAGCACAUUGUUUUUACUCCCUAAACUAGAAGUUUUCCAAUUUCACCUCUGCAUAAGCACAAAGAAUGCAAGAAUAUUUCAGAGAUUUGUAGUCAAAGGUGGAUGCGUCUGUCAGUCCUAGCCAGAUCAUCUCCACUGGAUUAACUGCGUAUGAGGCACUUCGGUUCUGUGUCUUUACUGGAACAAUGGGCCACUUGCUUUAAUCGCAUCUUGUCCAUACCUGGAGAUUCUCGUUUGUUUGUUUUUUAGUUUUUCUGAGUUUGAGGAAAAACUUCUCAUCUGCAGAAUGUGGGAAAUCAAAUUCAUAGAUGUUUUAGGGUAUGCUUUUACUUUGCAAUUUUGUUUCACUAUUUCUGAAGGUGCCGGUGAAACUUGUUAUUAAUAACAAUGGGUUGAGAAUUGCUUAUCAGUACAUUUGAUGAACUCGGCAAAAUCAAAAUUGAACACACACUCCAAAUCAGUAGUACUAUAUAUGAUGGGACCUAAAUCAAGUAACUGUUUCCUCUCUCCCACUGGAGAAACAACUGAUGGAAUAGGUUUUUUAAUCUAUGUUGCUAUUUUGUAACACAAGUCAGAAAUGUUACUGCUAUACCAGCUGAUUAGCUAAAAAGAAUCAGUAAACUUUUGGUCUUGCUACUUUUUUUCUCCUAACGAAUUUUAAAGUGAAAUAAUUUAAUUUCUUUUGAAAUAUUAAAAUUAUUGUAGAAUUAAACAUCUUUAACAUUAAAAAAAAAAAAAAAAAAAACUUUUCAAAAGACAAGAAAGAAGCAGCCCAACCUCUUCCUUGAGAGUCUGUCAUUGAAACGGGAGCUGGAGGAGUGACACCAGGAGCUGCUAUAGAUCCCUGAGUUACUGCGGGGCUGUGUGGUCCUGUGUGACCCGAGAGGGCCCGGGGGGAGUCAGAUGUGUGUUCUCUCUAGCAAAAGGGAAAUGGCAGAAAUUAGAUUUUUGUAGGUAAAGGGUUUGUCCUGAUUUAAAUUCCUGAUCAGGCUCAUUGUGAAGUGAGACAGGUCCCAGGGGAGAGGGUGGAGCGAAGGGCCGGUGCAGCAGGGCAUGGGAGGAGAGGGAGAAAACAGCUUUCCCCUUCUUCAGUGCCCGAUACACAGGGCUGCGUCAUUGUGGGGACUUGCCAUGCAGGAAAGUCAUCAGCACCUGCGCUCCCCAGUGUAAUUUGUUGUUUCACAAGACUUCCUUAAGAGGCAAAUACUGGUGCUCCAAAAUUCAAUUCUGUAAUUCUAGUGCCCAGAAAGAGCAUGGGUAAGGCAAAGUUUAAGGUUUGACAAGCUGUGCAAAAUAGGAUUGUGCACCUGCUGCUGCUGCGCCCUGCUCCUGCGGCCCCGCCAGGAAUCAGCUGAGGAUCAGACCCGCCAGUCCUGGUGAACUUCAGUGCUGUCAGUGCGCUACCCAUUGCAACAAUCAGCAGUUCUUGGUUUAAAAUACCAACUCCACAUUUCAUCUUUGUUACAGGCACUGGUGCCGAUUGUCAAAGGUUCUUCUUUUUCUGUAAAGUUGUUGUGUUUCAUUAUCUUCUGGCUGUUCUCAGUGUAGUUCCACGUGAUAAAUGCUGUUCGACACUGGCUGGUAAAAGAGGGUGUUCAGAUCAUUUUUGAUCUGAUAAAAUGGGAAGGAGAGUUCUGUCACUAAGCACUGUAGAGUCCACUGUGGGAAAGCAGAGCAUAUCCCUGCAGCAGGGAACGGAGCAGACGGGCUUUUGCAGGCAGGAAUAUUGUCUGACUCUUGCCCCCACCAGGAGACAAUGCUAUUUGUUUAGCAUUUUACCCAACAUCCAAUUCGUAGCAGUCAGCUGUACGCCUCCAAAUUGUUGUUUGGAUACAAGUUAUGUUUUUCCAAGAGUUUGCACUAUCUCUAUAUUUAUUACUUAACCUUAAAAUGUUCACAUUUUGUAAAUAAAGUAAAAUUAACAACUGUACUGCUUUUUUUGAAAAAAAUUACAGGGGUGAUAUUUACUUGUCCAACUUACCUCAUAGCCAGUAAUUUAAGAAUUGUUUUAGUUUGAACCUUACAUAAAAAGUUUUGAUUCAAGUAUGAAUUUUGCUGCCUUCGAUUAUAAACUCCCAACUAAAUCUGUGCUUUUCCUGAAAUCCUGAGUUGUGACCGUUACCAGUAUCGUUUCAUGUAUUGGCUGUUUAUGUAAAAACCUAGAAUUGGGCUGUAAUGGAAACGGGAGACUUGUGUAAACAUAAAUCCAGUUUUAUGUCAUUGUCUGAUUAUUUUCUUAGAGCGUAUGUAUUUCUGUAAAGACCAUAUAGGUGCAUUGCACAGACGGGCAUUUGAUUCACCUGAGGGAAACAGUUGACUUGAGCCAUUUGGUAAUGAAUUACAAAUAUUUGUUAGUUUUGAACUAAGGGAAAAGAAUAAACAACAAUGAUGAAUACA